UUGUGUCGACCUAAUGAACGUGACCUAUUUUUACUCUGUGGCUGUGGUAACUAGUGUAACCCAUGGUUUAUCUUGCUGUUUAGUUUCACUUUCUCUUAGUUUAGCUAUUGGAACAGAUCACUUCAAACCACAACUGCAAUACAGUCAACAGACAAUUAUCCCAUAGCUGCAAUACAGGGAACAGAAAAGUAUCCCAUAGCUGCAAUACAGGGAACAGAAAAUUAUCCCAUAGCUGCAGGAUCCAUGUUGGAACACAGAGUGGCAUACAAGAUGAGGUACUACACAGUUGAGACUGGCAGUACUUUGGAAUCUCAUAUUCAGUUUAUGAGACGACUCAACAACACCACAAUAUGUUUUACGGAAGUCAAGUCUCCGAUGGAGAGUGAUGUCAUCAUGGCUUUCUGUCCCAUCGUCUCCCGCGCUGGGACUGAUAUUGAAGCAGCACUGGAACAGAUUCCAACUGGUAAAGAUGUCAUUCUGGUGGUGCUGCAUCACACCUUCAACCCAGACUUCACUGUACCUGACAGCAGCAGACUAGUGACCAGAAGUGAUGUAAUAAUGACAGUGGACUGUCUGUUCCAUGAGAGCCAGGGAGGACUACUGGACUGUCCUCGCAAUGAUGCAGCAGUCAAAACGAUUAAGCAGAAGCUAGACAUAGCUCUUAUGGCCAGAAAUUGUGGCUGUCCAGCUUGGAUUCUAAGCUUUGUUAAAGUAUGUCAAAUCAUUGCAAAUUAUAAAGUAACUAUACAUCAGCAACUACUACACUGAACAAAAAUAUAACGC